AUGACAAGUCCCAACCCCACAGCGGCCCCGACAACCCACGAGCCGCAGAGCUCCAGUCCGAAAAGCCAAGAUCAAAACCACCACAAGCUCAAGAUCCCAGAGCCCAAACUACGUCUCCACGCGCAAGAACUCCGCCACCCAGCAUCUGCGGCGUUCUUCGCCCUCAUUCCAGAGAUAUCCUCAGCCUUUGAUACGGCACUCCGCAAUAUCGUUCAAUAUCUCUACACAGAGCCAAAGCGCCGCGAGGGUGAACUCCAAAAGGGAGAAAUCAAUAGACGUCUAUCUUUUCAACCUUCCAUUCCUCCAACCCGGUCCGUAACUCUCUUUCUGCGCGACUUCGGUGGUGUGGCUUACACAACGGGUACCGAGCUGGAUGACGACCACAAAGAGAUUCAUUUCUCGUUGCAGUACAUUCAACAAUGUACAUCUGGCCCAUCUGCCAAGGCUGAUCCACUUCAUGAAUUAUUGGGUGUUCUGACGCAUGAGCUUGUGCAUUGUUAUCAGCAUACUGCUCCGCCUAAGUCUGUUAGUGGUGGACGUGAGAUUCCUCGUCCGCCAGGUGGCUUGAUUGAAGGAAUUGCGGAUUUUGUAAGGCUCAAGGCAGGUUUGGAGCCGCCGCAUUGGAAGAAGCCGAAAUCUGCGGCGGAGAGAGCGAAGAACUGGGAUGCUGGGUAUCAGGAAACGGCUUACUUCUUGGCGUGGAUUGAGGAUGUUUGGGCUGGGGAGGGAGCUGUGGGAAUGCUGAAUGAUCAGCUGUUGAGAGUUGGAUAUGUGGGGGAGGGCAAGGACGAGAACAGAAGGGUGCCUGGCUUUUGGGAAAGUCUUUUUGGUCUUGGGGUUGUGGAACUAUGGGAGGAGUAUGGCCGGUGGCUGGAUGGUGCUUCUGGAGAUGAGAAGGCUCGUGGGAAUUGGGAAGAGGAGAUACUUGACCCCGAGUCAUAG